AUGGCACAAAAAGGAAGUUAUAACUAUGGAAUGUCAUCAUUUCCUGUGAGUAUGUUUGCUCAUUUGUUGGCUAUAGCAGUAACCAUUUUGGUGCUUGUUUGGCUUCUUCACUUCCGCGAAGGCCUCGCUUUCAAAUCAGAUAACAAACAGAAGAUUUUCAAUGUGCAUCCACUGCUCAUGGUGAUUGGUUUUGUUUUGACUUCAGGACAAGCUAUAAUGGCAUACAAGACAGUUCCAGCAAGAAGAAACAUUAAGAAAAUAUUUCACUUGAUUUUGCAUUUGAUUGCUUUGGCUGCUGGCAUUGUGGGCAUAUAUGCAGUUUUUAAGUAUCAUAAUGAGACUGGAAUUACUGAUAUAUAUACUUUACAUUCCUGGCUUGGAAUCUCUACCAUCUCCCUUUAUGGUUUGCAGUGGCUUUUCUCCUUCAUUUCCUUGUGGUAUCCUGGUGCAAAACCAUCAACAAGGGAUAGGCUUGUUCCAUGGCAUGCCCUCUUCGGUACGGUUAUAUUCUUCAUGGCAAUUUUGAGUGCCGAGACUGGUUUGGUCGAACGAUUCAUUUUCCUAAGCUUGAGACGGAAUCAAGAAGCGCUCGUCGUCAACUUUACCGGUCUGUUGAUACUGCUAUUUGCUAUAUCCGUCGGUUUCACUCUUCUUCUUCAGCGUGCUUAUUAA